AUAAUCAUGUGAUUUCUUUCCAGAACUCAUAUAUACUACCUAGACUACGUACCCCCCCUCCUCAAGGACAAUGAUGUGACGUUGGUGGCUCAAUUGUCCAUGGAUCGGCUCCAUAUAGUUCAAAGUCUUUGCCAACAUUGGUCGGGGCCCAUCAGUCUAAGCUUGUACCUGUCAGACGCCGAAUCUCACCAAUUGGCCGAUUUUGUGCAUAAUUCAGAGAUCCUCCGAGCUCGGACCAAUGUUGGAUAUCACGUGGUCUUCAAAGAAGGGAACUUGUAUCCAGUCAAUUUUUUGCGGAACGUGGCUUUGGACCAUGCCAAUACUCCGUUUGUGUUUCUCAGUGAUAUCGAUUUCCUUCCGGGUGCGAAUGUUUAUGAUACCCUCCUAGUCAGUACUCAAAAGUACUUCAUACAAGCCCAGAGUGAUCUCAAGCCCCGAGCUCUGGUGGUUCCGGCCUUUGAAACCUUGCGUUACCGAUUGGACCAAUUUCCCAGGACCAAGGCAGAGGUCUUGGAUCUUUGGAUUUUGGGCACUCUCUUGACCUUCAGGUACCACGUGUGGACCCUGGGCCACAAGGCCACCAACUUUGGCAAAUGGAGAACGGCCACCAAGCCGUUUCAGGUCGAGUGGGAGCCGCAUUUCGAACCUUACAUUGUUGUGCCAAAAAAUGUGACUCGUUACGACCAACGCUUCGUUGGUUUUGGUUGGAACAAGGUGUCCCAUAUCGUGGAACUACAUGCUCAAAACUUCCAGUUCAUUGUUCUACCCAAUGUCUUCAUUAUUCAUAUGCCCCAUGCCCCAGUUUGGACAUUGCCAGAUUCCGAAGCUCGGAGCAAUUCAGACAGUGUUUAAAGAUAAUCAAGAAAAAUUUCAUGGAUGAUUUGAAUUUCAAGUACUCCACAAAUCUCCGAAUUCCCUAAGUAUCUAGGAUUAACAAACUAAACUGACAUGACGUACUAAUUUCCUCAAUAAAUCGUUAUCAUGAAA